AUGGCGGAACAACCUCUCCCGUUCGAGGAUCACGCAAUUCCGGUUGUCGACGACGACGACGACUACACCGGCGGCGAUGAUACCAUGGAUGAAUUGGAGGACGAGACGCUCGUCAAUUCAGUGAACGCUUCAGCUACUGCGAAUCACAACGGCGUCGUUUUGCCUGUAACCCGUACUGGUGAGCUCACUCUUUCUUUCGAGGGUGAGGUUUACGUCUUUCCCGCUGUCACACCUCAGAAGGUUCAAGCUGUUUUGCUGCUUUUGGGAGGUCGCGAUACGCCGCCAGGCAUGACUACUGAUGAACUUCCGUUUGAUCAAAGUUAUAGGGGCAUGAGUGAUAUUACAAGGCGUCCAAAUCUUUCACGAAGGAUAGCCUCCUUGGUCAGGUUCCGUGAAAAACGCAAGGAAAGAUGUUUUGACAAGAAAAUUAGAUACACUGUGAGAAAAGAGGUGGCAGAAAGGAUGCAUCGAGAGAAGGGACAGUUUGCAUCCGUGAAGCCAAGCCCUGGUUCCUCUAAUUGGUAUUCUGCACAGGGUGCUGGUCAAGAUGGCACUCCUAAUCCUGAAACUCUGCGUAGAUGUAAACAUUGUGGAGUCGAUGAAAACAGUACUCCUGCAAUGCGUCGCGGCCCAGAUGGACCAAGAACUUUAUGUAAUGCAUGCGGGCUCAUGUGGGCCAACAAGGGAACACUCAGAGAUCUCAGUAAGGGUGGAAGGAGUCUUUCUGUUGCGCAAAGUGGUCUGGAUCGUCCUGUUGAUGUCAAGCCUACUGUUCUUGAAGGGGAAUUGUCUGUCAUCAGAAAUGAACAAGGUAUUUCUGAAGAUCAUCCUUCCAAGGCCAUUGCUGCUGAAGGUUUGAAUAAUGAUGCAUUUAAUCCAAGUGAUGAGGAAUUACCUGUAUCUGUAGAAGACUUAGCAAGCACACUGCCGUCGGUGAUAGAUCAUUCUUCGGAAAAUGAUGAUGAGCAGGAACCCCUGGUUGAACUUUCUAAUCCUUCAGAUACAGGAAUGUCUAAUCCUUCAGAUACAGGAAUGUCUAAUCCUUCAGAUACAGAUAUUGACAUUCCUGGAAACUUUGAUUAG